CGUACCAAGUGGUUUUGAUCGAGGAUUUGAAGCCGAAAAAGUUUUAGGUGCAACAGAUUCAGCUGGUGAACUUAUGUUAUUAGUAAAAUGGCGUCAUUCAGAUGAAGCUGAUCUUGUUCCAGCACGAAUUGUUAAUAUGAGAUGUCCUGGACUUGUUAUUGAAUUUUAUGAACAACAUUCUUUUUGGAUUCGAUUACCAAAAAUAAAUCAAAAUGAUACAUCAACAACACGAUAA